CACGGCCAUACUCUAUUUCUGCCUGUAAUCUGUAUCGGCACUCGGCAGAUUACCGACAGGAGUAUAAAAGAAAGCAGCGGUGCUGCCUUCGUCAGAAAAUACUCCAUUUCUGCCUACAGGUUCAAUCUUAGAGUUCAGGGCCUUCACGUAGUACUUCUGUUGAACUCAAGUGUUUGUGAAAGACGACAGAAUGACCAAGAAAGGGAUGUAGCUAAAAUCCAAACAGAUUUUGGAGUUGUAAAUGGGAAACGACCAAGAAAGGAAUGUAAGCUAAAAUCCACACAGAUUUUGGAGUUAAAAGGGCAACGACAAAAUGAGUCAAAAAAGGAAUGUGAUAAGAAAAAAAUACUGUCAAUGGGCUGUCAAUGGGCUGUGUCCAAUCUAGAGCGUGUCUCUUCUCUCUCAAGACUCCAGCCACGGCUUUAUAAACCUCGACGACGUCUCCUCUUCCCUCCCUCCCUGCCUCGAAAGAAAUCAUUUUCGCUUGGCGUAUCCAUUUCUCUGGACCUCUAGAUAGCGCUGUAGAGUUAGAAAUGGCCGGGCAGCAGGAUAGGGAAGAGAGAAGGGCGGCCAUGGCGGGAAGACAGAACGGGAACAGCAAGGAGAAGGGGAAGGAGGUGGAAGGCAAGAAGGUUGGACAUCAAUUCUGCAGCGUGUUCUCAGCCAAGGAAUCCGGGGAGCGGUUGAGAAUUCCACCAUCAUUCAGCCAGCACCUUGAGAAUUUGAUUGGACUGGUUUUCCUAUUCGGUCCAAGUGGUAACACAUGGCUUGCAGAGCUUGCUUCAGACACCGAAGGGUUCUUCUUUGAAAAUGGGUGGAAGGGUUUUGUUACGGAUCAUUCCAUAGAGGAAGGACACAUUUUAAUCUUCCGUCAUAAUGGAUUCUCACAUUUCUCAGUGGCCAUAUUUGAUGAAAUGUUUAUUGAGAAGCCGUCAGCUUUUCAUGCUAAGCCUUCCUACAAUCUGGUUGCUACAAGAGAAAGUGAGGAGGAGGACAAGCAAAUAUCGGUUGUCCCCCAAGAGGAGAAUAAUGGUGCCAAAAAUAAGAGGACUGCAGAAAUAGAUGCAAGCAGCUCGAAAUUGAGGAAGUGUUCUAAGGGAGCAUCAGCUGGUUACAAGUCAAUAAUUGUUAACAGUACAGAAGCCAUCGUGAAAUUUCGAAGAGAACAAGCAGUAAUUUCGAGAAGACCACCAGUAACUGAAGAGCAGAAGAACUAUGCUCUUCAAAGGGCAAAGCAAUAUAAAUCAAAAAACCCUAUAGCUCUGCAAAUAAUGAAGGAGACUUAUGUCUACAAGACAUAUUUUAUGAUUAUUCCAUGUGAGUUUGUUAGGGACUAUCUUCCCCACUCCGACAAGAAGCUGACACUCUUGGAUCAACUAGGAAAGACUUGGGAAGUUAGCUAUGUCUAUUUCAGCGAGCGUCGUGUUGGUGCUUUCAGUGGAGGCUGGGGCAAGUUUUCUCUAGGUAAUCAUCUGGAGGAGUUUGAUGUAUGUGUCUUCGAACUCUUCUCAGAGGACAACAUAAAAGUGCACGUCUACAGAGCUAACGCCAUGCUAACUGAAUAUCUCGUAGAUUCUAGCAACAAAUAACAGCUGCAGUUCCAUAUUGACCUGCGCUCUAGUAGUCAACAAGGGGACUAUUCAUAUGCUGGCUAAGAGAUAUUUGUGACCAAGUGGAUCCCAGCUAAACACAGGUUUUGCUUUCAUUGAAUUGUUGGAUGACUGUUUUGUAUCAUGUUGUAUCGGUGCAAUUGAUGCCAUUCUAUUGCUGCAGUAUAUGUGAACAAUACAUAUUAGUACUUUGUCGC